AUGCGCCUCCGCCAGCUCGCCCUCAUCCCCCUCGUGCUCCUCGCCCUCCACAGCGCGCACUGCCUGCCGCACUCCCCACCUGCCGCGCCACUCGCCCGCCUGGUGGAAGAGACGGAGCACCACGCGCAUAUGCAGGGCCCGCAAUGGCUGGACUCCGCGCUGUUGGGGUGGCUGGGGGAUCUCACGAAUAGUAGCUGGCCGCGCGCACCGGAGAAGGGUGAAGGUGCGGGUCUAUUGGAUCCCUCGGGCAGGCGGAAGGCUGGCGGCGCGCGGCGGUGGCUGAAGCGGCAGGCGGUGAAGCCGAACCUGGUGCUGGCGCAGGACGGCACGGGCGACGUCACCACGCUGCGAAGAGCGGCGGAGAUAAUCAACAACAUGCCGCCGUCGCAGGGGUGGUUCGUGGUGCACAUCCGCGCGGGCGUGUACGCCGAUAAAGUCGACAUCGCGCGCCCCAUGGUCGCGCUCGUAGGCGACGGGCCCACUCGCACUGUCAUUACUGGCUCGCGUAGUAACGCGGACGGGUUAACGACAUGGGACACGGCCACCUUCUCGUCGUCGGGCGCCAGCUUCGCGGCGGCGAACAUCCGGUUCGAGAACACGGCGGGGCCGUACAAGGAGGCGGGCGUCGCGUUCCGUGCGGCGGGCGACAUGGCCCUGCUCUACCGCUGCCACUUCUCUGCCUUCCAGGACACGCUGAACGCGCACAGCGGGCGGCAGUACUACCGCGAGUGCCGCGUGGACGGCGCACUCGACUUCAUCUUCGGGCGCGACGCGUCCGCCGUGUUCGACAAGUGCCGCAUCGACGUGCGCAAGUGGACGGGCGUGGCGGGCUUCCUGGGGCGCAGCAUUAUCACGGCCAACGGGCGCACGGCGCGCAAGGGCGGCGGCGGGUUCGUGUUCGUGGACUGCGCCAUCAACGCGCACGACCCCGGCGCCAGGGCCGUGCUGGGGCGGCCGUGGAAAGCGUACGCGCGCGUGGUGUUCAUCAACACGUACAUGAGCAAUGUGAUAGACCCGGUGGGAUGGGCGCAGUGGAAUGGCGUGAAUUUCCGCGCCAAGCCGUUUCUGGCGGAGACAGGCAGCUAUGGGCCGGGCGCGCGCAGGGCGUACGCGGACUGGGUGCACCCAGGCAAGCUGGCCGCGCGGCACACAGUGCCGUUCCUGCCGGACCCAUUCAUUCAGGCACACACGUGGGUGCGCAGCACGCCACUGCACGUGCCAUACCCCUGA